UCCCGUUCGCCCCCGCGUGCUCUCUUGUCGCCACUGCCGCGGCCGUCGCUCUACCGCCUCUACGCCAGGUGCCUAGUCCUGUCCUCGCCGGUCCCUUCGCCGAGUUUUCAUCGGGUCCUUCGCCAGGUCUCCAUCGGUCCGGUCGCCUGCGACGAGCAUCCACCAGCUACUGGGUGAACAUGGGCACACCAAUGUCGCCGUGGAAGGGGCGGCUGCGCUCUCACCACGCGACCGUUCAAAGUUUGUCCAAGAGGAGGCUCCCUUCUCGGACCAAGAACCCGGAGGAGAAAGAGAAGCUCCGAACAUCGACGAAGAAGGCUGCCCCGAAGAAGACGGCGAGAGGUCGCCCCGCUGGAGCUGCUCAACAGCAGCCGAUGGCUCGCUUAGGACUGUCGUCGCGGCAUGCUGGAAGAGACUCUGAGCAUCCAGUUGUGAUAGACGAUGAUGUAAACGGGGAAUGUAACGGCAGGGCUGAUCAAUCAGCAACUACGCCUCUCCGCAGGUCCCCACGACUACACGUGGAAGAUAAGAGUUUGGGCAAGUCACCAUUGCCACCAAAUCGCCGGGAGACCUCUGCUAACAGAAAGACUAAAAAUGCUCAUAGGAAAUACAAAAAUCAAGAGAGCCUGAAAAGGAAUAGCGCAAGUGCUGCAUUAUCACCUAGGAAAGAUAUUUCAGAUGUGUCUAACAAAAAGAGUGACAAACAUGAGUUAAAGCCCAACCGUUGUGAAGUGCUAACAGGAAAGAGGAAGAGAGGAACAGAAAGGAGGCUGUCAUCGAAGAAGCAACGUUGCCAGGAUCCCAAACUAUUGCCUGCGGUUUGCCAAGAGAUUGCACCUUGCAAUGAACCCAGAAAAUCUACACACAGAAGGAUUGAAAAGGACCCCUCUAUUGAGGAAUUUGAGGUGAAGCUUAAAGUUGCUAAUGAGAGAUUGACAAACAUUGAUGAAAACAUCAACAAGCUAAGUGGGACCGAGAGAGAAGAAAUGGGAAAUUUCUGUGGUUCUGAUUGGACAAAAGAGCAGGACAUGGCAUUGCGCAAAGCUUACUUCAGUGCCCGACCAUCCCCACAUUUCUGGAAGAGAGUUUCAAAAAUGGUGCCAGGGAGAUCUGCUGAAGACUGCUUCAACAGAAUUUAUAAUGACCUCUCAACACCGACUCCAAUUGCACCACGUCCCAGAACAAGUAAAACAACAUUUUCUCCUAUAGGAAAUCUCACAUUAUCUGAUCCAAAGCUUCCAAAUAUCUUGGAACCUACAGUCGGAAGGCAAAAGACCGCUAACCAAAAGAGUCUAGUAGCACAGAAGACAGUUAGGCAUUUGUUGCAGAAGCAUUGCCGCAUUGACCAAGCUCAAGAGGCCGACCACUUCUCAAUUUUUGAAAGCUCACCAAGUGCCUUACAAUUGAACUUAUCUUUUGAAGAUUCUCCUGGUACUCCUGACAGUUAUAUGAAUUCAGAUUCUCUAGGCAAGCACAGUGGAAGUUCUUCAGCACGGAAGAAACCAUUUUCAAGGUUAAGAACUAAGCCAUCUGAACCGAGCCCAGCAGUUCUAAAGCCUAUAAAGAAUGCUAUCUUACAUGAGAAGUACAUUGAUCAAUUGGCACGUAGAGAAGGCACAAAAAGGCCUCGCAGAAGGACUCCAGCAGGCUCUAAAACUGCUGAUUCUGGGAAGUCUCUUUCUGAGCAGCAAGCUGGUAGUCUGAAGGCUGCUAAAAAUGCUCUCAUCUCAGAAGCAACGGACUUCAUAAGCAGUUUUAAGGCGCUGCAAGCCAAUUCCCUUGCACAUGUUGUGGAGAAUAGCGAAGACGAGAUUGAAUGUGAUGCCAGUGAUUGUAGCUAUGCUGAUAAAGAAUGAGGAGGUGCUUACAGUCUUGAUGCCCAGCGGCACUUAGCAAUCAUUUCCUUUAUGUCAACUGACUUUAGUCAUCACUUAUCAGUGCCUGUUGCUGCAAUAAGGCUAGGCAGUUGUCAGGGCUGUCUAUUCUGCCUGAUGCUGUAUUUAGUUUUGAACCUCUUAGUGCCCUCAGAGAUGUUAGUUAGUUGUGAAAGUGCUACCUUCAUCGUGCCUUAUGAAGACUGAAAUCACUGG